AUGGCACCGUCGAAAGAUGCUACGAGGCGAAAUGAUGGUGGGGCAUCAAGUCCGGAAGACCCAUCAUCGACAACCAGGUCCACAAAUUACGAUCGUCGACGAGAGCAAGUGCGAAAAGCACAGAAGAAACACCGUGAACAGAAAGACCUUCGUCUGCGGAAACUCGAAGACGAGCUACACCGUCUUUACAGUCUGACCACGCUAGCAGACGAGCUCUCGGAUUUACGAUUUGAAAAUGACGUCCUGCGCGACAUUAUUGCGCGACAUUCAAUUCAAGUACCACUGGAAUACGCAACGCAACCUCCCCGUCUGGCGGAAGUGACUAUUUUCGGCGAUCACCGUUCCCACCAAGAUAUAUCUGUCAAAUUACCGAAGAACGACGUGCCCCACCCACGCCAAACUCAGCCCCCAUCAACAGCUUUGGAAUCAAUUCAACAAAAAUCAAGACCCGACGGCAGCGUCUCGCUGGCCCCUUCUCAAACCUACACCAGCUUCGCCCAACUAGGCGUAGACUUCGUCCUUUCUCUGGAACGUCCUUGCUUAUUCCACACCAGACCAUCAGACCCCGAACUACCAUCCGGACACGCCAUGUCAAUGCAGGGAAUCCUACUGGCAGGGGCGCCACUUGAACUGCAGGAUCAAACUUCAUGGGAGGUGCCCACCGAACAACUCGAUCGGUUAUUCGAGCUGUCUGGAUGUCUGGAUCUGGAUGGAUAUAUUACGCCAGUCCAGGCUUGGAACAGGAUAACAAGUCGCAUCCAACUGACCAACUUGGAUCUACGGAAUCUGGAAAGGUUAAGGUCUGCUAUGAUUCCGCAUAUUAAGUGUUAUGGGUUUGGUGCUUUGAUAGAGGAUGGUAUAUUUGAAGACCUGUAUAGCGAAUUAUUCUGA